CGCAUGCAUGUUUUCCCUCUCGCUGCCUCUGCUAGUUAGUUGUUCCCAUUCUUUGCCAUCCUCCAAAGCGAUACCGUGAGCUCCUCGAUCGAUAUCGCCUUUGACGGCGGCGCGGAGGCGGCGGCGGAGGAGGAGGAGGAGGAGGAGGAGGAGGAGGAGGCGGGAAAGGUGUCGGAUUUACAGGAAGAGCUAGCGGUCGGUGCUUGGGUCAGCGGUGGAGGUGGAUUAGAUGUGGGCGUCGGAGGUGAACCUAGCGACGACGGUGAUUGGUUUCGGGAUGACCGCCGCCUUCAUCGCGUUCUUAUGCACGCGCCUCCUCUGCGGCCGCAUCCGCUCCGCUGACUCCCACUCCGCGCCGUUGGACCUCGAGCUCCGCUUCGAUAUCGACCAGGCGAGGCGAGCGCUAGAGCACAGAAUCAUUGGCUUGGAACCUGUUCUUCUUGCUACCAUUCCGACAGUGAAGUUUAAACGCAAAGACUUUUCUUCCAGAGAAGACAUUCAGUGCUCAAUUUGCUUAGGAGAAUAUGAGGAGAGAGAGAUUCUGCGUGUCAUGCCAUCGUGUCAUCACAAUUUUCACCGUGCUUGUAUCGAUAUAUGGCUGCAAAAACAGAUUACUUGUCCAAUAUGCAGAUUUCCCCUAAAAGAGUCCCUUGAAGUAAAAUAUGUUGCAUCCCAUUUGGUUGAAGAACAAUCAGAGGCCAGUCUUCAUGAGGUUUCUAUCGAUGAUGAUCAGAACAGUCAGUGGUUGCUUCCCAGUGGACAAAGGUCAGAUCGAAAUGAGAAUAACCAGGAGGUCCAUGAAUCUGAAUCUGUGAUUACUGAAGUACCAUAUGGUGAAGCAUGAGCCGAGAGGACAUAGCAGCUACAAACCACAUUUUUUGAAUGCAUUGGCUGCUGAAGAGCAUCUACAAACCCUGCAGGAUGUUUCUUGGACUUCAGAGAUCUGCAGACUUUUAAGACGAAAUCAACUAGGUACGAUGUGCAUUUUGCAGUCCGGAAAGAUGGGAACAUUAACUAGUCUGUGUACAUUCCAUUGAAGUUUUUUACAAUCAUCCUUUCUGAUAUAUAACACACACAUAAGAACAUGCAUCAUUCUCUAGUGAGGAUAUUUAUGCUUACAAAUGUAGAGAACAUGCAUCAUUCAAGUAUAUUGAAGACUGAGUAAACAAGAAGAUGGAAUUGAAAUUUCAGUAAAAUAAAGAGAUUUGAUUAAAUUUUAUA